GUCUGUUUCGCAAUUCCAGUUUGAGCUGGUCAAGUGUUUGUUUGGCUUCUACGAAUAUUGUACCUUUUUACUUUCAUAUCUCGCUAGUAAUGGAUAACGACGAUCUCAAGUUGCUUGCAUUGCAGGAAACCUCGUCCGCGCAAUACAUACUGCAGCAGUUCACGGCAGCUUCGGGUGGGCAGAAGCUACAGAACUCUAUCAAAAAUGCAUAUGCAAUGGGAAAGGUGAGAAUGGUGGCUUCUGAAUUUGAAACUGCCACAAGGGUCGUGAAGAAUAGAAAUGCCUCUAGAUGUGCCGAGUCUGGUGGGUUUGUGCUCUGGCAGAUGAAUCCUGACAUGUGGUACGUAGAGCUUGCCGUAGGGGGAAGCAAGGUUCAUGCAGGCUGCAACGGGAAGCUUGUUUGGAGGCACACACCGUGGCUUGGUGCUCACACAGCGAAGGGACCAGUGAGACCACUGCGUCGUGCACUUCAGGGUCUUGACCCCAGAACCACUGCCAGCAUGUUUGCGGCUGCCAAAUGCAUUGGGGAGAAGAAAAUCAAUGGCGAGGAUUGCUUCAUCCUUAAGCUUUGUGCCGAUCCUCAAACAUUAAAAGCUCGGAGUGAGGGUCCUGCAGAGAUCAUCAGGCAUGUCUUAUUUGGCUACUUCAACCAGAAGACUGGACUCCUUGUUCACAUUGAAGAUUCUCAUCUGACCCGCAUCCAAUCUAAUGGGGGUGAAGCAGUUUACUGGGAAACCACAAUUAAUUCAUUCCUUGAUGAUUAUAGACCUGUGGAAGGGAUUAUGAUUGCUCACUCAGGUCAUUCUGUAGUAACACUUUUCAGGUUUGGGGAGAUGGCGAUGAGUCACUCCAAAACAAGAAUGGAAGAAGCCUGGACAAUCGAAGAGGUUGCAUUCAAUGUUCCAGGCCUUUCAGUCGAUUGUUUCAUCCCUCCAGCUGAUUUGAAAACUGGUUCCGUCAGUGAAGCUUUUGAGCUUCCUCAGGAUGAAAAAGUAAAGAACUCUGUAGCAGCACAGAGGGUCAAGGUUUCUGCGCUGGAAAAAUCACAUAAUGGAAGCACUAAUAGUAUGGCAUGGAAGAUGGAAGUCUAACUGUGGCUGAGGACUAGGUCAUUGCAAUUGUUAAUAGCAGUUACUAGUGUUUGACUACUGAUACUCAGAAGUUAUAGUUGGGAUUCAGCUGGGUUUUUUUUUGUGGAAGUCUACCUAUGCCUCUAUUUAAUCUGUAAAUAGAGCAAAAACAAAAUUCACUUGUUUCAACCAGACCUGAGUGAAUUUUUUUAUACUCUGUGCAGGAUCCAUUUACAGAGUUGGAGUUUGUUUAUCCACCUAGGAAUAGAAAAAAAAUAGCGACUAAUUUUUAGCCGGGCUUCCAUACACAAUGGAAAGGUGGUGAUGAAGCAUUGGUUUAGCAGAGACAACGAAACUUGAACUUGGCAAUUUAGUUUAGUGUUGGUGGUGGUGAGUAUUAAAGAGCCUUCCGCCGACUGCAAGGGGUUUGACACUAACAGAUCAAUUAACUCUGGUGUUGAAGGAUAUGCUAAUUCCGUUUCUUUCCAAGUGUAGGUAUUGUUUCUGGGUUUGGAUUGGUAAAAGGGUUUGUUUUUGGGUUAGGGGGGGAAAUACUCUUUCUUACCUUACCUCUAUGCCCAACUCUUCUGAUAUGGUAUG